AUGUGCCCAACAUCGUGCAAGGCAUGUGUACUUACCCAUAACCAUACAUACAGGUCUAGAUACGGCGGUCGCUACGAUGGCGAUCGACGCUCUCGGUCUCCGCACAGGUCCCCGGAUCGCUACAACGACCGGGGGCCACCUUACAACGACCUCGAUCGGCGCCGGCUUUCGGGAGAAUCACGCGCCAACCAGUCGGCUUUUGGUGCAAACAGAGAUGGAUACCACAACGCUCCGUUUGGAAGAGAGCCUCCUAGAGGACCCAAGGCACUGAUAGACGGCCCUGGUGGUCCCAGAGGUGGCUAUGCUGGUGAAUAUCGCGGGAGAGGUGGGCGCGGACGUGGACGGGGUUUCAGGGACGAUAGUCGUGAUCGCGCACGCGAUCGCGAAGACCACCGCGUUGAUCGCCGAGAUCUGCAGUUUCGUGACGAAAGACUGGAGCGGACUGACAGAAGUAGAGAGCGGGAGCGCGAUUUUAGGCACCAAGGAGACAGUUUUCGCGGCCGACGUCCAUCUCCUCCCAGGCCACGGUCGCCACUAGGAAGGGAACGUGAUUUUCAUAACCGCGACAGAGAUCGCGAUGUGCCCUUGGGUGUUGAUGCCGAGAGGGCCCGGCGAGGCUCCCGCGAUGGACCUCUCUCUGCGGGAUCUUCCAACUCGGAUCAGCACUUUGGGCAUCAGAUGUACCGCGGAAAUCCCAGAGGUGGUCGUGGCCGAGGCCGAGGCGAACGGGACCGGGGUGGCCGGGGUGGAAGGAACUCGAUUUACGAUGAUCGCGACCGGUACCGCAGCCGCUCUCAGGAUGGGCGUUGGGGAGGACGGGAUAUGAGGGAUGAGCGCGACGCGCCGCCAAGAAUUAUGGACGAUCAUCGACCACCGAGGGACCCCAGAGAUCCCAGAGACGAUCGCUCUCCUCGUGAUCGCGAUCUUAUCAGACCCAAGGUGGAAAGAAAUUCCUUGACUCACGAGCAGCAACCGCAGGUCAAGGAAAUCUCGCCCCCGCCUAUCGCGCCUUCAGCACCCGCGUACGGAUCCAUAGUCCCUAGUAGGAUUCCAUCUGCGGGCGAGAUACAAACCCCCACAGGCAAAGCGCCGCCUACGGGACCACGCGCAUUGACGGAGGAACGGCCCGUAUCAGCUGGCCACCAGGCAGGAAGUGAUCGUGGACCAUCUGUGGGGCCGUCCAAGGCUGCCAGCCACGACGGCAGCCCUCCGAUACCAACAGGGCCUCGUGCACAGCAGCAGCAACAGCAGCAACCGCCACCGCAGCCGAGGCCAUCAAGCAAACAGUGGAUCAACCCAGCAAUCAGCGGUAAACGAGUGCCCGACUCGCCCAAGUUGAACAGAUCCCAGAGUUUUGCGUCACAACAUCCAAGGCCCUUUGAUCAUCGGCCUGCCUCUUCAGGCUCUGAGCGCCAAAAUGAGUAUGGAAACCGCCCGACUAGCAGCGACGCCAAGUCAGAUGCCCACACGGAUAGUCAUCACUCGCUACACAUGGCCGAGCCCGGAGAGAUCCUACCUGAUCACGUCGUGCGGGAGACGCAAUCUGCUAGGGCGUCGAUAGAUCGUGACAUGCGACCGCCUUGGUCGGCUGUAGACACCGCCAUGCCCACAUUCGGGUCAGCAGCGAGCAUUGCACGGGCUUCGCCCACUCGACAACGCCAGCCCACGGCGAGCCCUGUUAUGCAGAAACACAGCAGAGACGGUCAGCUCACUCAGACUCCUGCGCAGACUCCGGCUCCACGGCCAAGACCACGUCGCAAGCCCACACUACGAGUUUCUGCAUCCCGUAUCAAUGCAUCGCCCAAGGAGGCUCUAAUCCCACCAGUAGUUGACCAAUCUUCUGACUCGGACGAAGAGGAUAUGAACGAUUAUUUUGAGAUGGAAAUCCAGAAGGCCGAGGCGGAAAUCAAGAAGCUCGAUGUCGAGGAGUCGUCAAGCUCCUCGCAAGAUGCAAUUGCAUAUGCUCGUUUGAUGGUGAUGGCGGCUACACGUUUGAUUUCAGAGCCCAACGGUUUAGGGGAAAUUAUAGGAACGAUCCCCGAAAAGCAGAAAACACCCAGGCCAGAGACACCUCCUGCUGCCUCUGGGAUGCAAGUUGAUGCACCGGUUCCAGAGCCAUCAGAAACCAAAGCCUUAGCUGACCCUCCUUCUCAACCGCUUAUUCAACCACCUGCUCAGCCCGAUAUUCAACCCGCUGCCCAACCCGAACCUGUAAACAAAGCUGAGACCACUCAAGAUGCAGAAAAGGUUGAGGAAACCGCGUCCAAUCCAGAACCCAAGAUCGAAGAUGUUGAGAUGCAGGAUGUGAACGUUCCAAACCCGGUCUCAGAAAAGCCAGAACCCGAGCCCGAGUCCCGGGAUGUGGAUGUUGUCAUGGCAGACGCCGCAGAACUUCCGCCCGUUGCUGCGCCAGUACCAUCGAUAGAGCAUCCUGUACCGAAUGGCGUGGUGACAAAUGGUAACGUACCUCCUCCUCCGGCUCCUGAGCAAGAAGCCCCCAUGGAAGAGCCUACGCGGCCCAAUUCGCCAGACAAGAUGGAGGAAGAUGACGAUGCCACCGAAAUCGAUGACUUGGACUACGCCACGAUGGAGUCUGCACGGCAGUAUAUGGUCACACCGCCCUUGGAGGAUUUGCCCGUAUUCGAUGUGACCCCGUGGCACGAGGAUGGGGCGUUGCUCAAGUCGUUUGUACCCGCAGACGGCAUCACACAGCUUGUUAUGCAACGGUUCAAGCAGGAGUCUGGUGUGAAACUUGAAGAGAUAUCGGUCGCUCAGCGAGAUUACCUCUCCAAGUACGAGGGAUAUGUACGUUCCAAUCUCGCGGACGCACCUGGCGGUGCCAAACACAAGAACGCGGGUCAGGCGGGCGGAACCAGCCCGCGGACUGCUCCUGAGCCCAGGCCGGAAGGAAGGAGGGCGGGCAGGUUCGCGACUGAAAGAGACCUCGAGCGUGUCAUUCAGGCUAGUAGAGAAGAGGAAGAAGCUAGACGCGAAGCUGCCGAGAGAGCCAAGGAUAAAAAGGACGACAAGCCUGUUUCGAAAGAGGCUACGAUUCCCAACAUGUUCUGGAACGAUGAAGAGCGCGCCAAGGAACUUUUUAUCGACACCUCUGGGCUAGUCACCACCGAAACGCUCGUGGCGGCUUGGCACGUUCUUCCUCCUGUCUGCAAUUUCACAGAAGAGGAAGAGGCGUUGUUUGAAAAGGCCUACCUAGAGUUCCCUAAGCAGUGGGGUAGGAUCGCGGACCAACUGCCUAAACGUGACUUCAAGUCGUGCAUACAGUAUUAUUAUCUCAAGAAGAAGGAGUUGAACCUCAAGGAGAAACUAAAGAAGCAGCCUAAGAAGCGGAAGAAGGGCCGUGGCAAGGCUAGGUCCAGUGCCCUCGUGUCUGAGCUUGGCAACGGCGAGAACGAGACCGAGGAAAACAACGGUGAGGGCGAGAACGGAGAGCGCAGGCGACCGAGGCGUGCCGCGGCGCCCACUUUCAACUUUGAGUCUGCAGCAACGCCAACUCAUGCCGACUCAGAUGGAGCUGGCUCAACAGGAACCCCGGGUCGCCGCGCCAACGCUAGCAACAAGGAUGGGAAUGGAACCGAGAAGCCCGAGAAGAAAACAAGGAAGCGCCAGCCCAAGGAGAAGAAGACAACAGAGGUACCAAAGCUUGCCACGAACCUGGUGCCGACGCCUCCACUGGCUACCAAGUCUGCCACGAACCGGUCGAGGUCCAACUCGCGAGCCCAGGGGGGUCCUGAUUGGCCUUCACCGCAGAUACCAUCCACGCCCGGAACCAUGCCGGUGUUGGCACAAGGCAUGCCACCGCCAUUUGAGAUACCCUCACCUGGAAUGCAGCCUGGUGUUGUGCCUGCUCCCAUCGUCACCGCCGAACGGUCACCAGCCACACCGUUGCCGACUGCCGCUCCCGCGAGCGAGCCCACGGCACCGCCCUUGCGCCCCGAAGUUCCUGCGCCAUCGCCACAAAGCAGCGUGUCAACAUUCGAAAUCGGACAGCCGUCCGGCUCCGAGCGUGGACGUGCCCAGGGUGGAGCGUCCAGCUAUUGGAGUGUAUCUGAGGCGAAUGACUUCCCGGCAUUGCUGAGGUCGUUUGGCACCGAUUGGGGUGCUAUUGCUGCUCACAUGCAGACCAAGACUGCGGUAAUGGUUAAGAACUACUACAGCCGUCAAAAGGAUAGCGCGAAGCCCGAAUGGGAGCAGAUUGCCAUCGAGGCGGAUGUCAAGAAACAACGCGGACAGAAGCGCCCUCCUCCACCAACCCCCACAGGCGGUGCUCGCGGAAAGAAAUACGACACCACUCCAGCGCCCAGUUUACCGCGGCCAAUCGUCUCUGCAGAGCCAUCUGACGCCCCAAUGCAGGCCAAGUUGGAGCCCCAGGGGCCUUCUCCGACCCAAGCACAGCCCAUCUCGUCGGCUCCGAAUCAGGCCUUUGGGCGGUUUCAAGUGCUCGCUCCACAAGCUCCUCCUGUGGCUUCUCCGACAUCUACCGUAGUUCCAACCACGCCUGCCCCACCACAUGCUAUGCAGUCUCCCAUUGUGCAGAACCAGCCAGCAGCGGUACAACAAGCCAAGCCUGCUGUGGCACCCGUCGCCCAACAGCAGCCGCUUGUGCAGGCUGUAGUGUCACCUAUCGCAUCGCCGUCUGUUUCGCAACCACACUCGCAGACGGUGUCUCCUCGGGCCCGGCCUGUGAGAGGACCAGGGAUUGCAUCUUUUACGUUUGCUAACCAAGAGAUGGAGCCCCAGCGCGAGCGCGAACGUGAACCACAACCCAUUGCAACAACCCAGCCACAGCCAGCCCGAGCAUCGCAGAAGCCCGUCGCAACUGCUGCCGCUGCCGCCAUGCCAGGUCCCAGUCAUAUGGAACCAUUGGCACCGCAACGACCCGCUUGGUCCAACAACAACAACAACAGCGACAUCGACGCCCAAAUCAAUAAGAUUGCCCAAAAGCGGAAUCAGCGCAAUGACGUCUUUAUACAGCAGCAGAUCCAGCAGCAGGCACGGGAAGAGUCGAGACAAGGCAGCGAGCGCUCCGGAAACACGCCGGUACACAGCCCGGCACCGGCCAGGCUCAAGCAAGAGCCCGAGGUGCCACACUUGUAUGAUGCGUACCCUCCUAUGCCUCAAGCGCCUCCUAGGAGCGCUCCUAUGAGAAAUGAAGCGGCUUCAGUGCCAAGGCAGUCGGAACCACCCCAUCCGCGUAUCGUCACUUCUGUGCCGCCCGUGUUUGCUCAACAGCAGCCACAGCAGCAGCCACAGCAGCAAGCACAGCCGCAGCCCAUCCAGCAGCCCACUCAGCAACACAUUCAGCAGCCCAUCCAGCAGCCCAUCCAGCAGCCCAUCCAGCAGCCUAUCCAGCAGUCGAUCCAGCAGUCGAUCCAGCAGCCCAUCCAGCAGCCUAUCCAGCAGUCGAUUCAGCAGCCUAUCCAGCAGUCGAUCCAGCAGCCUAUCCAGCAGUCGAUCCAGCAGCCCAUUCCGCAGCCCAUCCAACAAUCCAUUCAGCAGCCCCUCCAGCAGCCUCCUCCACACAGGCCUCUGCACUUUGGCGAGCCUGGCCCGUCUGUUACUCCAUCUCACGGAUCUCCGAUUGGUAUGGAGAGGCCAUUGUCAAGGAUUCAACAGCGCCCAAUGCCUUCGGUGCUUAUGGAACAGCAGCAGCAACACCAACCACCGCCACCUAGAGAGUCUACGCCUCAGCAGCCUCCUCCCAUGGCCGCUCCACCGGUCCCGGCACCAAGACCUGCUGCCAAGACGUCUAACUUGAUGGCCCUCCUGAACGAUGACCCGCCGCCACCGCCGGCAGCUCCUCCCACCAAGAGGGUUGUUGAUGUGUCGACCAACAACAAGGUCAAGGUUUCCUCGACACCUCCGCCGUCUGUCGUUACACGCCCGCCGCCGCCGCCUCCUCCCCAGUCCACUGCGCCUUCGCCGCUGCGUGAGAGUCAGACUCCCAUGUUUUCACAAUAUCUGCGCAACACUCCCACUACUUCGGGGGUGCCGUCCCUGAAACCGUACGGUUCCGUCAAUACCCAGUCUCCACAGCCACAACAUAUGAGCGUGUCCAGACAGUCGGUUUCCGGCCACCCAAUGGAACAAGUGCCGGAGCGCGACUAUUAUGGUCGACCACAAUAUCCUCCGCAGCACCAAUCUCCCGCGACGAACUCUCCCGGCGGUCACCACUUCCCUCCGUCCCAGAGUCAGCAGGCGCAGGCAGGGUAUCAAGGACAACCGACGUCAUAUGCUGCUCAGUACGGAGCGCCGGUCACACAGUCACACUCGGCAUCGCCAACGCCGCAAUAUGCGGUACAGUCUUCCAGGCGCGACCCAGGACCAGCGCCCCCAGCCCGUGGAGAGCCGUCGUGGCAGCAGGAGAGGAACUCGAUGCAAAACACCCAAGCACCGCUGCACUGGUCACAGCAGCCACCUCCGCCCAAGCACAGUCAGCCUCCACCACAGUCUGCAUGGGGUGCACAACACGGCGGACCACCGAAGCCCUCAUCUUCAGCGGGGCCGCAACAAGGUGCAUGGUCGGGUGCCCCACCUCCAGGGCAACAGCCGCCGCCUCAUCUUCACAUGGGAAUGCGGGACGACAGGGGAUAUGCUAUGCAUGAUCCUCGAGACUCCAGAGAUCCUCGGGAUCCCAGGGGAGAUCCAAGGGCAGACCCAAGAGGUGACAUGAGAACAGAUCCAAGGGGAGACAUGAGAACAGAUCCAAGAGACAUGAGAACAGAUCCAAGAGACAUGAGAACGGAUCCCAGAGGGGACAUGAGGGUGGAUUCAAGAGCGGACAUGAGGGAUCCGAGAGCGGAAAUGAGGGAUCUAAGGGCAGAGAUGCGGGAUUCAAGAGGGGACAUGAGAGGGGAUCCGCGAGACAUGAGGGGGGAUAUGCGCGAGAGGGAAUUGCGCGAGAGGGAGCUUCGCGAGAGAGAAAUGCGUGAGAGGGAAAUGCGCGAUGCGCGAGACCCGAGGGAUCCUAGAGAUCCUAGAAACCAGCCUCCUCCCGGCGGCGGGAUGGUGCAACAUCAACACGGCCCUCCGCCCCCUCAGCACUACCAGCAACAUGCGCCGCCUCUGCAACAUCAUCAGCAGCACCCGCACCACCAGCAUUCGCACUCGCUAAGCGGGCAUCAAUACCCACCUCCACCUCCUAGGGAUGAUCGACAGGGGCCGCCCCCACCGCAGCAGCAACAGCAACAACAAGCUCCGCCGUACCCUAGAUAUGCUAGCACUCCGGGGCCAGGGAUGACUGGAGAGCCGAUCCCGCCACCGUCGAGGAGCUACACGCCGGUCAGCGCCAUGUACGACAGAGGCGGGCCGCCGCCGCAACAGCAGCAGCAACCGUAUGGAGGACCACAGGGGCCGCCGCCACCACCACAAAGGGGUGACCCGCUCAGGGACCACAUGCAAAUGAGGGCUGAUAUGGGUGGGAUGCAGCCAAGAGACCUGAGGGAGCAGCAACACCUGCAGCAGCAGCAGCAGCAGCAGCAGCAGCAACAUCAACAUCAACAUCAACAACAUCAACAACAUCAACAACAUCAACAACAUCAACAUCAACAUCAACAGCAAUCAAUGCUACAGAGACAACUGAGACCGCAUGAGGAGUAUCCUGGUCGGGAUCGAUACGGACGAUAG